AUGAUCCCUCGAAGAUUCAGUCGCCGCGUCACUGCCGUCGCUGCCGCUGUUGCGCUUCUCUUCCUAUACCACAUCUUCUCCUUGCAAUCGAGCCUCCCGUAUCGACGAUCCCGCCCCAGCCACCCCGACGCUCACAUCCAGUAUGCCGGCGAGCCAUCUACGAAAUGCCCGCCUCUCCCAGGCAUCGAGGAUAUCCUCGUUGUCAUGAAGACCGGUGUCACCGAAGCUCGACAGAAAGUCCCGAUCCACUUCAAAACCACCCUCAGCUGCAUCCCUCACUACGUGAUCUACUCCGACUUUGAGGAGGAGAUCGAGGGUGUGAAGAUCUACGAUGCAUUGAGUACCAUCGACUCCGAUGUGAAAAUGCGCGUGCAGGAUUUUGAAAUUUAUAAUCGCAUUGCUGGCAAGGGGCGCAAAGGUCUGGAACAGCAGGACUUCGCCGACGAGGACAACACCAACUUUGGAAAACCAAAUAACCCGGGAUGGAAAUUGGACAAGUGGAAGUUCCUGCCUAUGGCGCAGGAGGCACUGAAGUACAAGCCCGAUGCCAAGUGGUUUGUCUUCAUGGAAGCUGACACCUACCCCUCUUGGCCGACGCUGCUUACCUGGCUGUCCAAGUUCGACCACAAACAGCCAUACUAUCUCGGCACCGAGACUCAAAUCGCAGAUGUCAUCUUCGCCCACGGUGGCUCAGGCUUCAUGCUCUCCAACCCAGCUCUUACAAAAGUCUCGGAACAGUACGAGACACGCCGCGCCGAGCUCGACGACUAUACAGACGGACACUGGGCUGGCGACUGUGUCCUGGGCAAGGUCCUAGCCGAUGCCGGCGUCAACCUACACUUCUCCUGGCCGAUUUUACAAAACUCCAACCUGGGUGAACUAGACGAGUUCACAACAGAACUAUACCGUGAACCAUGGUGCUACAUAGCCGUCGCACUGCACCACCUCAAAGCCGAAGACAUCGAAGAUCUCUGGAAAUUUGAACAAAGACGAUGGCAUGAAAAAAACAAACGUCUCCUCCUCCACAGCGACCUCUUCCGCGAAUUCAUCUACCCCGAAAUCGCCAUCUCUCGGAGCCGCCUGAGCUGGGACAAUCUAUCAGGCGAGGAACAACCCUUCGCAACAACCUUCGAAGAUUGUCGCGAGGUUUGCGACGCACAAACGACCUGCGUGCAGUUCAGUUUCCGCGAAAACACAUGUUUCACGAGCAGCAACCCACGCCUUGGCAGCCCGCACCGCAAUGCGGCAUCAGGCUGGCUCACAAGCCGGAUUCGCACGAUGAUGGAUCAAAAGGGGUUGUGUAGAGCACCCGAGUUUGGGGAUACUUCAUGA